AUGUCUGACUUUGAAGGCGCGCUUUACCUGGUUCGCCUCACCUUUGGCAUCCUCCUCUCUACAUCCAUUGCAUCUGGCCGCAGAACCAACUCCACCAGGGCUUCACUUCGGUCUGUAAGUCACUCUAAUAAACGCCUUCUGAACACUCCACCGACAUCUCUGGCCAGUCGCGACACGCCACAAGCAAACAUGGCCCCAGCCGUGACCAAGGCUCGCUACCCCAAGCGCAAGCGAGCGACCGUUGACUACGACGUCGACAAAUCCUUUGCCGAUGUCUCCGAACUCGAGGACGAGGAGGAUGGUUACCAUUCCGAGGAGCUUGGCGAGGACUCUACCGUUUCUGACGGCUCUAACAACGCUGCUGGUGCUGCUGGUGGUGCUGGUGGUGCUCAGCCUUCCAAGACGGUCACCACCACUCCCAGUGUCGACGACCACGACCACGACAGCGAGUACGAGGACGCCACCUACGGCUCUCGCAGGAAGCUCAAGAAGCGCAAGAUUGCGGGCAGGGUCAAUGGCCGAUUCCAGGCCAAGCCCAAGCCUCCCAAGUUCAAGCCUUUCCCACUCAUGGACCUGCCCCCAGAGCUUCGCCUGAAGGUCUACGAUGAGGCCCUGGUUGACCCUGAUGGCGUCACCAUCCGCACCUUCACCGACAAGUACGAGAGCACUCCGGUUCAUGUCGCCGUCAGCAACAUCAGGACAGCCUACUUCCUCACCCCCAAGUGGUACCAUCACGGAAAGUGGACCGAAGUCCCCGCCAACCAGCUCCCCAGGAAGAAGAAUCAGCUGUCGCCCAACCUCAUCGCCGCCUCCAAGACCAUCCACGGCGAGGCCUCCAAGAAGCUUUGGGAGCAGCCCUUCCUCUUCAGCGACGUCCAAGGCCUUCACGCCUUCCUCCUCAUGCUGCGCCCCGAGACCAUCGCCAGGCUGAGGGACAUCACCAUCCUACAGCACGGCUGGAACAACCACAAGGUCCUCCCGGCCUUCGUUCUCCUACGUGACGCUCCACUCCUCAGGAACCUCCGCCUCGACUGCCGAAUCCGCCCCGACAUCCGCGCCGCGCGCGCCGGCCACAACCAGGAGAACUCCAUGGGUCAGCAGAUUGCGACGAGGCUGUACAGCAACUGCCACCCGUUUCUCAAGGCCCUGAUCAAGGAGAGGGGCAGCGGUGCCAUCCUCGAGGUCAUCAAGUUCUCUCGUGAGGAGUUCAAGAACAACUACUACGACCACGUGACCAACCACUGGGUCAGGAUCGACUGGGAUCAGGAGCGCGAGAACAAGAUACUCGCGGCCGUGACCGAGGAGCUCAAGGUCAUCAUGAACCGCACCAUUGUACCUCGGUUUCGUCGGUCCCGGUACUAGGGACAGCGGCACAUGUCGGCCGGCGAACUUUUGGUCUUGUUGGCAGCUUUGGGAUUGUAUUGAGUGGCCUGACCAUGCUAGGUCGGGCUGGGCGGAGCGGCAAGCGACUAGCGAUUUGCGGAUCGUGCCGCGGUCUUGUUGCGACAGCACCGGCUCAAUCUCACCCUUCUCAGAUUGCAUCCUGA